ACUAAGAAGUUGCAAACAUUAAUCAGUAUAUCAUUUUGGCCAAUCUUUAAAACUCACGAUCAUAGUUUGUCUGGUCUCUGUUGACAUUGUUGCAACCAAUGAUGCUUUCACUCUUUUCUUGGCUUUUCAUAUUGCUUCUUGCAACAAUUUUCUUUGAGAUCAAUGUGGUUGUAGUUUCUGGUCGCUGUCUAAGCGACCAGCAGUGGUUUUUGCUUCAAUUGAAGAACAGGCUCGACUUCAAUUCCUCAUCAUCUCUCAAACUGGUGAAGUGGAAUCAAAGCACAAAUUGCUGCAUGUGGGAAGGUGUAACAUGUGAUGCCGAAGGUCAUGUAACAGAUCUUGAUUUGAGCAACGAAUGGAUUGUGGGAGGAAUUGACAAUUCAAGCAGUAUCUUCAAUCUCCAACAUCUCCAGAGUCUAAAUUUGGCAAACAACCACUUCAACUCCGAUUUUCCUUCUAGGUUUGAUAAACUUUCAAACUUGACUCAUCUUAAUCUCUCACAUGCUGGCUUCAUAGGGCAAAUUCCAGAAGUGAUAACAAAUCUCACACAACUUGUCUCUCUAGAUUUUUCGUCCAACAGUUUUUCUGGUCCAAUCCCAUCUUUUUCAUUUGCCAAAAAUCUUACCCACCUAAACCUUGCCCACAAUCAGUUAACUGGUUCAAUUCUGUCCAUUAAUUGGUCAAGUCUUUCCAAGCUUGAGUAUAUUAAUCUGAGAGACAAUGCACUAAGUGGAAUUCUUCCUGCAACUUUGUUUGAAAUUCCUUCUUUGCAAAGUUUAGUACUCUCACAAAAUCAGUUCACUGGUGAAUUGCAUGAAACCCCAGAAUUAGCUUCCUCUACUUUGCAAUCCCUUGAGUUGGAUGGUAAUAUGUUGAAUGGAUCUCUCCCAAUGUGUUUAUUUAGACUCCAGAGCCUUCACGUCCUCAUCCUUUCUUCCAAUAAUUUUAGUGGUCCAUUAAAUUUAAGUUCAAUUUUGCACGAAUCCAAUCUCUCUACUCUUGAUCUCUCAUUCAACAACUUGUCCAUCAAUGCAACCAUUUCUUUUGGUACUUAUUUUGCCCAAAUGCACACAUUAAAAUUGGCUUCUUGCAGCCUAAAACGAUUCCCAAAUUUCUGUGAGGGUAUCGCUGAUGAGAUAUUUGAACUAUCAAUUUUAGAUCUUUCAGCCAACCAGAUUGAUGGAGAAAUACCCGAUUGGGUUUGGGAAAAAUCAUCUCUCAGUUACUUAAAUCUUUCUCAUAACUUUCUAGUGAAUUUGAAAGGCCCUUUGACAGCUCCAAGUCCUUCUUUGUCUGUCUUAGACCUUCGUGGCAACAAAUUGCAAGGUCAACUACCAAACCUCUCGUCAUAUUUAGCAUAUGUAGAUUUCUCAAGCAACAACUUCAACUCUGUUAUACAAUUCUCUGAUAUCUCAGUUAAGAUUAACUCUUCCUUCAUCCUUCUUUCCAACAACAACCUCCAGGGAGGUAUUCCUGAAUCAAUUUGCCAUGCUACAAAUCUUCAAGUCCUUGAUUUGUCCAAUAAUUCCCUGAAUGGUGCAAUUCCUCAAUGCUUAAAUGAGAUGGAGUCUCUUAAGGUGUUGGACCUGAGUAGAAAUAACCUCAGUGGCAACAUCUCUGAUAAAUUUUCCAGUAACUGUUCAUUACUAACACUAAACCUCAAUGGAAACCACUUAGAAGGGAAGGUUCCUAGAUCUCUAGCCAAUUGUGCUAUCUUGGAGGUCUUAGACCUUGGGAACAACCAGAUCAGUGAUACUUUUCCAUGCCAUUUGAAGAACAUGUCAAAUUUGAAAGUCUUGGUAUUGAGGUACAACAACUUUCAUGGGUUGAUUAAUUGCCUAGAUGAAAAUUCCUCUUGGCCACCACUUCAAAUUGUCGAUUUUGCUUCUAAUCAUUUUAGGGGAGAACUGCCUUAUCAUUGGUUACAAAGCUGGGAGGCAGUGAUGGUUGCUUUAGACGAGAACAAAGUCCUUGUUUUUGAGGAAGAUAUUCAUUUUGAAUUUGAGAUCGAGAAAUCCUCGGAAACAUUCUGUCUUCCUGAAUCAGAAGAAGCUUGCAAAGGUGGUGUAAGACCGGUGACGAUCAUCAGCAUUGAUUUCUUUCAAGGUAUCUAUUAUCGAUAUGCAGCAACCAUUACCAUUAAAGGUUCUGAGACAAGAUUAGUGAAAAUCUUAAGUCUCCUCACCUCCAUCGAUUUUUCAUGUAACAAGUUUGAAGGGCAGAUACCAGAGGUUUUGGGGGAGUUCAAGGCACUCUAUGCCCUCAACUUGUCACAUAAUGGUUUUACAGGUCUAAUCCCUUCAUCUUUAGGAAAGUUACAACAUCUUGAGUCUUUGGACCUUUCUAGUAACAAUCUUAGUGGUGAAAUUCCUCAACAGUUGGCAGAUCUUAAUUUCCUUGCAGUCCUUAAUCUUUCACACAAUCAACUUAAAGGAAGUAUCCCAAGCGGAAGUCAGUUUCAAACAUUUUCAGAAGAUUCCUUUAAAGAUAACAAGGGAUUAUGUGGGAUACCCUUGAAGGAAAAUUGUAGUGUAGUACCACCAUCCGAAUACAAACAUUCAUAUGAUGGAACCCAUAUUGAUUGGAAUUUCCUAAGCGUUGAAUUGGGAUUUGUUUUUGGCUUAGGAAUUGUUAUUCUACCACUUAUGUUAUGCAAGAGAUGGAGGGUGUGGUAUUACAAACAUACUGAUGGUCUUCUUUCCAAGUUCUUUUCUCGAUUGAAUCAAGGAAGCAAAAAUCGUGGUAGGUGAGCUUCUAAGAGUACCAAAACAAAGUUGAGGAACAAGCAGCGGUGAGGACCAUUGCAAGCACAGUUCUUGAAAACUUUAAUCUGUGUUAUAAGUCUCUAUUCUUCUCAAUAUCAAAAUUUGUCAUUGUUACUAAGUCAACAUGUGAUUUUGUUUUGUUUUGUGUUGAUGUGUUGUAUUACCAUGUGUAACUAAGUAUAAAUCUUGUCGUUAAAA